GCACAACUACAGACUCUCGUGCCUUUGAUCUCUCGUUCCGCAAGAUGUCGUCUGCUGCGGGAGCUGACUUGCCACCUGAAACGCUAUCGUCCAUUCUCGGCUGUAUCACGCCAACCUACGUUACUUCUGACUUGGACGCACGCCGCCGCUUGAAACAUACACUCAUUGCGCCCAGCCUCGUGUGCAAGUGCUGGUCGGAAACAAUCAGACCUAUUCUCUUCCAGGUACUCGAGUUACGCAGCGCCGAAGAUGUACGGUUCUUGAAGAGCAUCGUCUACAGCCCUCAAUUCGCAACCUCGUCUCUGUCCGGGGCUAUCAAACGAAUAGACAUCCGUUAGAAAGCUACGGAGGCCAAAGCCUGGCUUCACCACGCCCACGGGCUCUCGACCAGACUAUGAGAAAAAAGAUUCACGUGUAUCGCAAUGAAC